AAUAAAGCAAGGUUAUAUUUUAUAUUUCUUGAGAAUUCCAGAUACUGUUUGAAUCAAUUGGUGUUAUUCUGAAGAAAUGGGAAAGUUAAGUUUACAAAUUAAAGCCACCCUGGAAGGUCUUGAAGAAUUAUAUACAAAUUCUCCAGAAUACCAUUAUUCGUUAAAAAUAAAGUGCUCGAACUGUGGCGAGGAAUCGGGUAAAUGGCACGAUGUCUCUGAAGCAGUUACAUUCCCUGGAAAAACUGGAAAGUCGGAAAAUAACUUCGUCAUUAAAUGCAAACUGUGUGGACGAGAAAACAGUUUAGACAUAAUUCCUGGAAGUAACGGAAAAUACACUAAUGAAGAUUCGGGCAAAUAUAAAACAAUCAUAACAUUCGACUGUAGGGGGAUCGAACCUACUGAAUUUACCCCAGGCGAAGGAUGGAUUGCGAAAGUGGAAGAAAGCGGGAAAGUUUUCGAUAAUGUUGAUUUAACCGAAAAAGAAUGGGUCGAAUACGACGAGAGAAGCUCACAAUCUGUAGGUGUCUAUGAAUUUGAAUCUAAAUUUAUCAUUUCUAAGUAAUCAUAUUGAGUAGAGUUCACUUUAUAAAUAAUAUGUUACAGAGAAAAAGGAGAGGGUAAUGUUGCAGUUU